GGGAGGGAAGACUGGGGUACAGAGCCGAAAUUCUUGAAAGUAGACAAGUCAGACUUAUUGCAUGCUGGGUAUUGUAGUCUCACAUUAAACUUGACAGUCGGCCAAUGAAGCAAAAACUACAUUACCCAGCAUGCACUGGGAGACGGAGGCUUAGCACAUUAGGCCAAGAAAAACUUCGGCUGGUUUCCACGGAACAAACUUGCCAAAAACCCAAAAAGUAGCCCAAAUCUGUACCUUGUCUAGUUUGUGCUUUGAAAAGCUGCCUGGGCUUUAAAUUAGCGGCCCAAUUUGUCUGGAAACCCAACAACCCUGCCGGGUACAUUAGAUUUAUUACACAGCGGGUUCUGAUCCAAUUGGGGUGGAGCUCACGUGUCCCAGGCGCAGAGAGAGAGAGAGACGCGGAGCGAUACUGAGCAGCCGCGGAACCGGCUGAAGAGAGAGAGAGAGCGAGCGAGCGAUGGGCGCGUCCCCCAAUGCGGGGAAGGAGGGAGGGAGCCGACUCUGACCCGCACACUCUGCUGCUCAUCUACUACUCGCUCUGCUGCUGCCAGUGAUACCGACGCACUGGGACUCUAUUCCCCGACCCCGCGAGUGUCCGACCUCACACAGGAAACUUGGAUUUUGGUUACAGCUGCUGUAUGAUCACCACCCUCUGGAUUAUUGACCAGUGAAUGCCUUAAAUUGUGCCUUUGGUCUCAGAACAUUCCUUUCUAUACAGUAUGGUCUCCGGAGGUCUAUGAGAAUGGGUUGUGUUGGGUCCCAUGUGUCUGGUUUAGGGGCCAUUUCUUACCAGUGAAUUCAAUCUAAACUCUGCCCCAGGGCCAAUGUAGAACUGAUGGUUCACAUAAUGUUCAAAGCCUUGGAUUUCCAUAAUGCCCAUCACUCAGGAGAAUGCCGAGCUCUUCCUCGCUCUUCUCCAUCGGUGGCUGAAGGACAAUGUCGGGGAGGAGAGCGAAGAGCCAGAGAAGCGCCUGUACCUGGCCGCCAUACACAAACUGACAGACUACAUACAGUUCAAUUUUACGUUGGAUGAAAGCACCUCCAAGUUCAACCACAGUGCCUUGGAUAUGGAAAUCUGCACAGUGUACUUAACCAAGGGCGAAGGAGAUGAUGAUGUCCUGGGUCUGAGCUUUGGAAAUAUCCCAAUAUUUGGCCAAGGAGGGGAGAAACGCAGAGGCGGGAAAAAGAGGAGGGUACAGAACGGGCCGAUCCUUGAUGUCGGAUGUAUCUGGAUAACUGACGUAAAAAGACAGAGCAAGGCGGCCAAAUGUGGGAAAAUGAAACUACGGGACGAGGUUCUGUCUCUCAAUGGGCAGCUCAUGGUUGGGGUAGACGUCGGCGGGGCCAGUUACCUGGCUGAGCAGUGCUGGAAUGGCGGAUUCAUCUACUUGAUCAUGUUACGGCGCAUUAAACGUAAAGCUCCUCUUCCUCCUUCACAUGGCAGUCACAGUAGCACUAGUGAACUCAAAGCCACGGCAAGCUCACACGCGAGUGUCAGGACAACGCAGAAUGGAAAGAGGACCCGGAAGUUUGGGGUCAUUUCCAGGACGUUCAAGGAUGGCAAGGAAAGCAAAGAAAAUGAGGAGACUGUGCAAGAGAAUGGACAUUACUCCCCCAUGGAGAUCGAUGGAUCUCAUUCGGCCGACGAAACUUCGGGAAAUAAUGGGGACAAUCAGGGGGCGUCUCAAAGCACCGACCUGGAUGCUCAGCAGAGUUAUCAGUUCCCCAAUGGUGACCGGUCUGACUGUAGAUCAAGUGAUCACCCUGCACAGUGUGAAGGCUGUUGUAUAUGGAAGAUGCACAUGCUGAAGGGCGCCGAUGGGCUGGGGAUUCAGAUCACUGGUGGACGAGGCUCAAAGAGGUCCCCACAUGGAAUAGUGGUGGCACACGUGGAAGAAGGUGGAUCAGCUGACAGGGAUGGCAGACUGAAAGCCGGGGACGAGCUAUUAAUGAUAAAUGGGAAGUCACUGGUUGGACUCUCUCACCAAGAAGCUGUGGCUGUUCUGCGAUCCAGCGUGGGCAUCAUUCAGCUGGUCGUUGCCAGUAGGGAGAGCUCUAAUGUGGACUUUAGCAAAUACCCAUCUACGAGUUUGCCGGAUCUGGUCAGCGCCUCAUCUGCUCAGGAAGUCGGCCCUUCCUCUGAUGACAAGGAAAAUGAAGAACCACACGUUGAAGAAGAAAGGGACUACAGCACGUCUCCCGCCCAUCAGGCAGCUGUGUCAGAAACUCACAAACUCCAAGAAAAGGAAUCUUCAGAGGUACCCAAAGGCGUCUGCCGGAGUCCCACUCUGGGCAAUAGUCUUCUGAAGUACAGAAGCCGCUCCCAAGGGAGUGGCAGCCGCCUGGAAUCUGUCGGGGAAGACGAUGAGCUUACAGUGGCCAAUGGAGAUUUAUACAGAGAUAAUGGGGAUAAAAUACCGCGCGGGGGUCGAAAGCAUUCACUGCCGCAGCAGCUGGACUCCGUAGGAUCAAGACAGGAAUACAACAUUGUGAAGAAGACUACGAGAUCUCUAAGCACCGCGCAAGUGGAAUCACCUUGGAGACUUGCCCAGCCAUCAAUCAUCUCUAAUAUUGUGCUAAUGAAAGGCCAAGGAAAGGGCCUUGGAUUCAGUAUAGUUGGUGGACAGGACUCGGCAAGAGGGAGAAUGGGGAUCUUUGUAAAAACAAUUUUCUCCAAUGGAGCUGCCGCUGCAGAUGGACGGCUGAAAGAAGGGGACGAAAUUCUCGAGGUUAACGGGGAUUCCCUGCAGGGGUUAACCCACCAAGAAGCGAUUCACAAAUUCAAGCAACUGAAAAAAGGUGUCGUUACCCUGACUGUACGGACCAGACUGCGCAGUCCCAGCCUCACCCCUUGUCCGACUCCCACCAUGAUGAGCCGCUCCAGCUCCCCAAACUCAAAUAUCAGCCUUGGAACUUCAGUGCCGGGCUCUGAAGAUGGAGACUCUACCUCAGGGUGUCGUAAGGGCCCAGGGCCCAAGGAUCGGAUCAUUAUGGAUGUGACACUUAAUAAAGAACCUGGAGUGGGUUUGGGAAUCGGCGUUUGCUGCCUUACACUGGAAAACAGCUCCCCUGGGAUCUAUAUCCACAGCUUAGCACCGGGAUCUGUGGCCAAGAUGGACGGCAGGCUCAGCCGCGGCGAUCAAAUCCUGGAAGCGGACUCUGUGAGCCUUAGGCAUGCUGCACUGAGCGAGGCGUACGCUAUACUAAGCGAGUGCGGCCCGGGACCAGUAAGUCUUAUUAUCAGCCGCCACCCAAAUCCAAAGGUGUCAGAGCAAGAGAUGGACGAAGUGAUCGCCCGUACGACGCACCGUGAAAGCAAAGACUCCUUCCAUUCUAUGGGUCUCCAUUUGAAGAAUCAUUCACCUGCCUGCAAACCCAAACAUGGAGACGGCUCGACAUCCCUCAGCUGGACUAUGAAACGCUUCCUGGAACCUGCCAGUCGGCAGGGCUCUGUGAGCUCAGAAGCGGAGCUGUCCCAGUAUUUCUCUCAGGAUGCCCCCAGUCACUCGUCCUUCUCCGACACCGUGGCCACCGGCUCCAGUGAUGAGGAACAGCCGCGGCCGGCCAGUGGGAGCAACUCUCUAGAUGACAACACGGCUCCUCUAAACUCUACCAAUGCCAAGGAAAGUGGAACAAAGGGCGAGUGCUGUAUUCCAGCCUCCCACAGAAAUGGAAAUAUUGCCGGUCCCUGCAACAAGCACAUUGUCGGCACCCGACCGCCCAGUCUGACCAGCAGCCCCCAGUCCAUUCGCAGUCCUCUCUUGCGCCAGCGUCACAUCGUGUGCUAUGAAGAUGAGGAUGGCAGCGAGGAGGAUGACACGACUAGGAAAGAGGAAGGCAACUACAAAGAUCAUUUAAAGAAAAACGCAGACGAGGAUUCGGGAAUUAUCAUGUCGACUUCGUCUCUGGAUGUCGAUGAGGAAAUACAGGAAAAUAACUUGUCCAUAAAAUGUGCCAGCAAAGCCGGAACCUCUGUCUGUGGCAGCUCUGUGGAAUCCGAAGACAGUUUCGUGGAGCACAUGGUGGAUUCUCCUUUCUUUGCCGUCAAAUCUUUCGAAUACUCUGCCAAGGCCGACGCUCGACCCUGCAGUUUGGCACUCAAGGAACCCACAGAGGGGCCAAUGGAAAGCAAGAGGUCUCCGAAACUGGAGCACAAGGCGAUCACUCGAGUUAAAAGCAUGAUGAGCACCGAAUACCCCAACUCUACAAAACCCAAAGCAGAAGAGAGCGGCCCCCCAUCUAAGCCAACAAAGCCCCUUCCAUUGGUCAAAAAGCCAGAAGGCUCAGAGCUUUCUGGCAAAUGCUUCACCGACACCAUUCAGCUGUUCUGCAGUGAAUACGAGUCCGUUGGGCUGGACCUGGAGAUUAAAGAAAGUCCUUUAUCUGUUAUAAUAGCUGGAUUACACCCGGGCAGAGAAGCAGACAAGGAUUCUAUGGGAAAGUUAACUGCUGGCGAUGAGAUUAUAUCGAUUAAUGGCAUUCGAGUGAGUGAGAUGUCGUACCAACAGACCUGUGAUUUUAUCCAGUGCCUGCCUUCAUCCGUUACUCUGGAAGUCCGGAAGCCCAUGUCAGGUAAUCCUACAGCUGUUGAUAGGCUGUCACACAUCAUUAUGGCCUCAGGCGUUGACCAGCAGAGACCUGUUGACCAAGAGGAAAUCCUGAGGCAGAAUGGCCAAGAAAAUAGCCAGUGUGAAGGUCCCCAUCACCCAACAGAUGACUUUACUCCAGCCAGAGUGACUAUUGAAGCAGAAAGUGCACUGAUUAACCAGGGCUUUGAAGCAGGGGGCCACCAUGAAAGUACAAUUACUAAUAUUGAUGAUAUUAUUAAUGAGCUUGAUUUCUCUGGAACUCCUUCAUAUGACCUUGCAAAAGAUUCUGACGCCACGGAGGACAUGGAAGCUUGUGUGGCAUCAGAUCAACAAGAGAACUGUGAGGGUACAAACCCUGAAGAAACUGACACUGAGUUGUGUAGUAGCAUUGAAAAUGUUGAUGAAAGCACAAGCCAGUCGGAGAACAUUUUGGCAUUUUCUGCUUUGGACUCCCUUUCUAUGGAAAAAAAGUUUGUCGUGGACAAAAGCUGCUUAAGUAGUUAUUCCCACAAUUUUAGUAGCUUGACGGAGGAGGAUUUCUCCUUGUCUGACCACAUUUUAAGUAGUUCGCUGGAUCUGCCGGUCUCUAUGUAUGAAACAGCAGAGGAUUCCGACUCGGAGUCCGUUCUUGAUUCUACAAGUGAUCUGAUCUCGUCCCUUCAGAAUCAGUCCUGCAUGUCUGAACUACAAACCGCUACAGAUUCUGAGGAGGAGCAAAUAGAAAUUUGUUGUGCUAUUCAGAAAGGAGACAGUAGGACACAUCCGUUUUAUGAUGUGCACCAGCUGUGCCCAGCCGCAACCAUAAGUGAAACCCAAAAAGAGACAUAUACUUUGGGUGGGAAGGCUCUUCCAGGUUUUGGUCAUUGUCCUACUUCAGUAGAUCGGGUAACUGUGGAAAGCCUAUUAGAUAUGGGUCAUUUAGAUGCUUCACCUACCAUGUCUUUGUUAAACAAUGAAUCUCAGGAAUUAACUUGCAGCAAUGAAAUACAUUGCAAUGACCACAGUGCCUUACAAACGCAAGAUCCCAUGGCAUUAGGAGUAAAUGAUAAUUCUACUGAUGUUGAUAACUGUGGACUGGUGCCACUCUCUGAAGAUGAUGUAGAGCUCUGCCCAUUGGGUCCUUUGGACAAUGGAGAAAACAUGUCUGCAGUUGAAGAACCCAUAAACAGUCACAUUGUCACAUCAUGCACUAUUCAGGAUCUGAGCGAAGAAGAGAAAUAUGUUAUCAGGAGCAGCAUGGAAACCGAGGGGUGCUCUCAAGAGGCUAGCUGCACCAACAGAACUGCCGACCCCAUUAACAUUUCUAAUGUUUCUACAUCUAAUGUCAAAAGCACCCAUGUAAAAAGGGAAACCUUGCCAGAGUUAAAUGAUAUGAAAACUCCUGCUGCUAGAAACUGUAGUCUAGAUAAGUGUAAGCCAAAUGUUUCCUUGUCAAAGUUUCACAGCGACACCAAGACAACAUUAAAAAGUAGCCUUGACAUAUUAAGCACUCAGGUAUCCAAGCCAGGACCCAAACUAAAAGGUCUUAUUAUCAAAAGUAAAAACAAACAACAGGCUAAAAAUGACCCUGCAAAAGCUGAUGACUGCCAUAAAAUCUCACCUCAGCCUUCACCAAAACUUCUUGCAAAGAGAGCUUCCAUGACCGAUGGCUCCACGUCCGCAAGAGACCGCACAGUUCGAAGUCCUGUUAUUACAAAGAAACUAGAACAUGAGCAAAAACAAAAAAUCAUGCACUCUGUACAGAUUAAUGAUUCAAAAGCAAGUGCCAACCUUAGUGCCAAUAGUAUUACAUGUAGUGGUAAGAAUGAUAAAAUGAGUUCUAUCAGCAGAAUAACUGGAAACGGUCCAAAUGACCACAGCAAGAAUGAAGGAUUCUCUCAAAGGGUAGGUAGAGCAGAUGUGGAGGCUUCUACAGAGACCAGAGAAAAAAAUGCUUCUAACAAGUGCCCUAACAAAACUGUUACCAGCACGGACAUUAACACCAAGGGACAUAUAGACCAUCUAAUGGUCGAGAGUGGUCUGGAGAAAAUGGCAGCUGAAGGACUGGAAACCCAUGAUAUUCGAAGGACGUUUAUUGAAGUAAAAUUGUCCUCAGCACUUCCACACACACUGACUUCUGCCCCUAGACGAACGGAUGGCGGAAAUAAAGCAAACAUCCUGACCAAUGACCAUUUCGCAAACGUAAAUGUGUCUCCAAGGAUCGAUGAAAAGUCUGUUGUGUGUAAACCAGUCACUAGAACAUAUUCAAUGCCAGAGCACCUUCCUAUCUUCAUGGAUCACGAGGACACACAGACGAAGGGGAGAUCUCCAAAUCAUUGUCUCAUUUCUCAGGGCUCAGUUGAGUGUGUCCUUGAAAAAUAUCUCCAUGCAGGAACUAAUAGUCCCACGGUUGCACAGAAUCAACACAUAAAAGCCAGGCUGCCAACUCAAGAUGGUCAAGGGUCCACUGAAAAAUAUGUUUCUCGUAGUGACAUUAGGAGAAGUAUUAGAAGGAAUUAUUACUAUGAACUUAACUGGUCCCAUGACCCCAUAUCUUCUUUCACGGUGAAGCAAAGGAUUAAAUCGUUUGAAAAUCUGGCACAUUUUGAUAAAACGGUUGUGAAGGUUUUUGAUAUGAACCAUUCCCCCUUUAGUUCCAAACCACCCAUAUGCAGGCGAUCUUCUGGUUCUGUGCCAUCAGAAGGAAGCCUCCAUGAUGCCUCCAGGUUGUUGAGGCGCAGUUUAAGUUCAUGUUGUGAUAGCCAGAGUGAAGUGACCUUAGCAGCAGACCUUAUCAAAACAACCCCUUCAAUUGUGGCCUUAGCAGUCAUUGAAAAGAAUGCCAAUGAUGGCACAACACAGCCCCCCGUAAAUGACGAAAGCAGAAUUGAGAAACCGCCAACAACGCAGGUAAGGAAAAACAAAACAUCUUCAAGUCACAUCAGACCAUCCCUUUCUCGCUCUAAGAUACGGGAACUGAGAGCACUGAGCAUGCCAGACCUGGAUAAGUUGUGCACCGAUGACUUUACAGUUGAACCCAAGGCAGCACAGUUCAAAACUGAACUUGAGAUUUUACCUUCAAGGUUAGGUGACUCUGAAUGCUUAACAGGGCAGAAUAUGGCACCUGCAACAUCCAACCUUUCUAACAGAGGGCUCAUGAGUUCUAACAUAUCAAGGACUGUAACAGACAUGGAUGAAAGUCGACCACAUGGAACACUUUCCCGGAAAUCAUGGGCAAUAAGCUUGGAUCAGAUAAUGGUCUCGACCGAGGAUCAGCAAAACCUGCAAGCUGUUUUGACUUCGGUAUCAUCCAGAUCGGAUAUCAUAAGUCUCAUUCAAGAGAUAAAAUUGCAAGCCGAGAGGAAUGAAGAUUUCUACUUUGUGGUUCUACAUAAGGAAGAAGGAGCCGGCCUGGGGUUCAGCAUUGCAGGAGGGACAGACUUGGAACAGAAAUCAGUUACUGUACAUCGAGUAUUUGCCAAGGCUGUGGCUUCCCAAGAAGCAAUGAUUGAGAAAGGAGACCGCAUCUUGUCUAUCAACGGCUGCUCCUUACACGGUGCCGCUCACGGGUACGCACUGAAUGCCCUGCACAGGGCAAAGCUGCACAGACAAGCAGUCGUGGUGAUAAAGAAAGAACGAGAUGGGGAGAGGCUUUCCAGACCAGACACUGCUGCUUCUAGAGGAAGACAUACAACAUCUGGAAAGGAUGUGUCUAUGACGACGUUAGCAGGGAACAGUGUGGAUCUGGAGGAUACAAUGUGCGUGGAGCUGCAGAAAACCUCUGCCGGCCUGGGAUUCAGUCUGGAUGGAGGGAAGGCAUCUAUAUACGGAGAUAGACCUCUCUUCAUCAAACGCAUAUUUAAAGGGGGCGCUGCUGAGCAAGCUGGUAAAAUCCAAGCAGGAGAUGAAAUUAUUGCUAUUGGUGGAAAGUACUUGACAGGCCUAAUGCACUACGAUGCCUGGAAUAUCAUCAAAGCCGUCCCUGAGGGGCCCGUACAGUUACUCAUCAGAAAGCACAGGACUGCUGUUUAAUUGUAACUACACCUGGAAUCAUUGAGAUAUUAGGGCCACUUUUCAAUACAAAGUAUUGGGGUGGGGAACCAUUCCAAAUGCCCUCCUGCCGAGCAACAUCAUGAACAGACAACACAAACACUAGCCUAUCAUUUCAUUAUAGACAUAUACUAAAAAGGGGUUUUUCACCUUUAAACAUUUAGUAUGAUGUAGAGAGUGAUAUUCUGAGAGAAUUUGCAACUGGUUUUCAAUUUUUCUUAUUUGUGGUUUUGGAGUUAUUUGGCUUUUUAUUC